AGGUUCGAGAGAGUAGAAGACGAUGUUUCGGGACCUUGGCAGGGUCCACAUCGUUUCUUUUGCCGUCGGAAUCGUAGGAUUAGCUGUUGGAAUUACUGGAAUCGUUUUGGCAAUUGUAUUUGGAACUGCACAAUCAACUUGCACCACUCCUUCACCACCGCCAGUUUGUCCAACCUGUCCCACGCAAACUGCGCAAUGUAACACAAAUCUAUUUUCAAUAAGUACUCAAGUCAAUAAUUUAAAAUGGAAUGAUGAUUACAAUAAUACGAAUAGUCCCGCUUACAUUGAUGCUGUUAAGAACAUAACCAGUGCACUUACUGCAACUCUGAACACUGGUUUAAAUACCGCCUCAUCAUCUGGAUUUUACCGAGUUCUUGCCGUAUCUACGACGAACAAUGUGAAUGUUCAGAUUUCAGCUCUUCGGCAAGGAUCUGAUAAUUCGGUUGUGGCUAUCGGAAACGGAGCUAUUUCUUCAACUUCUGAUCUUGGGCAAAUGCCCACUGAUAAGAAUGUUAACAGUGUAAUCACUUCUGACAAUACGACAUAUUCGGAUGUGACCACUGCUCCACAGGCAUGUGAUAAAACUAUAAUUCAAUCCGACUGUCCUUCGACUGUUGCUCCUGUAACAUGCUCAACAAUGCCUAUGCCGACAACACAACCACUUGUCACUUCAACCGCCCCAGAAGUUACCACAACAGUAGCCCAGACAACAACGGCUCCAAUUGUCACGACUGCUAAUACCACAACUCAGGGAGUUACUACGACGGCUGGAGUUACCACAACAGUAACUAGGGCUCAAAACUCAACUUUGGCUGCAACUACGACUGCUCCGUCUACGAACACUACAACUCAGGGUGUUACUACAACAGUUGGAAAAACAACAACAGUUACUACUGCUCAAAAUUCAACAUGGGCCGCUACUACGACUGCUUCCAAUACCACUACACAGCCAGUUGUUACAACAUCAACAAGUACCCAAGGUAUUUCAACCACAACAGCACAGGCCACGCCAUCAAGUUCUGUAAUCCCAACGACCACACAAACUACACAACGGCCCACCAGCACAGGUAUCCCUAGCACAGUCUCAACAUCGCAAGGAACCAGCAGUACAUCCCCGAUCCCUUCCACCACGCAAACCUCAUCAAGUGCUCCGAGCACCUACACCUCGAAUUUCACCCCAUCCCCCACAACAACUCUACUGACAAGUACUAUCGCUCCGAGUACCCAAGGAGUUCCCACUUCUAGUAAGUCUUCCUCCCCCAACAGUACCCCAACAACAACUAUCACACCUGGAGCGCCCUCAUCCACUCUAGGAUCAUCAAGUUCAACAAUAGUGUCUACUACUAUUACCCCGAGUACCCCAAAAGUCUCCACUUUGACAUUGAGUCAGUCCCCCACUCCCACCAGCACCCCACUGGUAGUCUCCUCUUCCUCAUCAGGAUCCAGCUCGACUGUGGUAACUAGUACUAUUACACCAAGUACUCAAGGAGUCCCAACUUCCACAUCUAAUCAGCCAACUCCCUCCACCAGUAACCCAACAACUCCUAAAUCCACCGUUACAGCAUCCCCAUCGACGACAGGAGCCACCUCAACUGCUAGUCCUUCAACUAUCACAUCAUCAGCACCUACUUCCCAGUCGCAUUCUCCUUCAUCCACUAUGACGUCAACUGUUCCAGUGACAUCAACCUUCGCGUCAACAACUACAACAGUGCCAAUAACAGUUGCACCAGGUCAAUGUUAUUGCCAAUCAAAUGUUGCUGUGGCAUUCGAGCUUACUAGUGGAACAUCGGAUCUUGACCUGGACAUUCAGAAUUUCAUUGCGAACUAUUUGUUCUUUUACUCCGGAGCUCCUUACAUCCUUGGUGAUUUGACAGACAACAGAACUGCGAUCUCUCUCGUUCCAUUCCCUAACGAUGACACUCUAUCCGAUCUGAUGACCUAUGGAGCUGAACAAACACCAUCAGGAAUAUCAGCAGCUUUGGAUACAUUCAACAUUCUAGCAAGAGGAAAUGCAGUCAUUUCGGAUGCAUUUAACAUUAUUCCGAAUAUCACAAGAAAAGGUUAUCAAGGAUUUGUCAUUCUCGUUGCCAACUCUGAUGAAUCGGUUCAAGCUUCGGUUGAUUCUGCUACAAACUUGAAGGCUCAAGGAUUUAAUGUAAUUACGGUUGCAUUUAAGUCAAGUGGAAAGUUUGAUGUCUUAGCUUCACAACCAUCAUACAAUUAUACAAUUGUGCAAGAUGCUGAUAAACGAUACGUUGCAACACUUAUCGGAAAUGUUUUGAACACUACGUAUUGCAACAAUCUUGCUGCCUCCAGUACUACUAUGACUUCUGGAGUUUAUUCUUCAACAGUCACUGUGACAACCCAAGGAUCAAGCUCUCAGGCUCCAUCCUCCACAGUUACCGUACCAACUACUGGCACUACUUCCGGCGCUGCAUCCACAACUGGAUCUAUAACAUCUACUCAACAAGCAACAUCGACAAGUAGCGUAAUUACAACAGGAAGCACAUCAGCUCCUCAAAGUUCGACUGCUGUAAGUUCAACUACGACAUCUCCUUCUACUACAACUGGAAGUACACCUGCUCCACAAAGUUCGACUGUAGCAAGCACGACUACAGUGUCACCAUACACUACAACAGAAUGCAUCUGCACAACAGUCAGUAAUACAUUUGGUACUUCUACUACUCAAGGAUUAACAUCUUCAUCUGCUCAAAGCACUGCGUCAACUGGAGUUUCCACAGUAGCUAGUUCAACAACUAUCCCUCAAGGGUCAUCCUCAUCAUCCCCACAAUCUCCAACAUCGGCUCAGCCAGCACAAUCAAGUUCCACAAGUGCUGCUACAGUAACCGUAUCUUCAUCACAAUCUCCAACAUCUUCACCAGCUCAACAAAGUAGCACACCAGCUGGAUCAUCCACAGUAACUGUUCAGCAAUCAUCAUCUUUUCAAAGUCCACAAAGUACAACACAAAUAGGAUCCUCCACAACAGUUCCAUCGACUCAAGCUCCAUCAAGCACAUCUGGUGGGCCAACGACAACUCAAAUCUGUCCAAAUCAACAAACCGUAUUCAAGGGGCAAGUCGGAGUAAUUUAUGAGAUGCUUCCAGCCUCCACUCAACAAAAUGCUAUCAACGCAUUUGUGGAGAAUGUGCUAUUGAAUUCAAACUUCUACGGAUUGGCUUUGGAUAAUCUAACCCAUGACAAUAGAACACUUGUCACUGCUAUUCCAUACCCAACAACUGACAAAUACAAUGUUCAAGGAUAUGGAAGUGCGAGAAGUGUAGAUGAAUUUAGAAAUCAAGUUAUUGCGUUCAAUGGAAUGAUUCAACCUAUUUCACAAUCCAGCAGUAUUUCAGAUGCACUUUUGUACGUUACGACCAGUCUGCCAGCUGGAGGUGUUAAGUCAUCACUUAUUAUCGUUGGAAAUAGCGCAGCGAUGAUUGACAAUAUCGCACCGAUAUUAACAAACCAGUUGCGAUCGGAUUUCGAUAUAUAUACAGUUGGUGUUGGCAGUGGCGCCGUUGAUUUGUCGCCUCUAUCUUCGGGAACUGGAUUCUCGUUUACUGGAGACACUCAACAAGUUGCUGACCAAAUUGGCCUUAAAAUGGCAUCUUCAAACCCAUCUGUAUACUGUCCACCUCCUGUACCAUCAACUGCUGCACCAAGCACUUCUACAGCAGUCCCUACAACUACAGUACCCGUAACAACAACCAUAGCGACCACUACUCGUGUAACUACUGUUCGACCUACAGUAGGACCUUGUCAGUGUACCGGAAGAUGGGUUUAUAAUGGAGACUUGGCCAUCGCGUUUGAAAAUAUCAAGACUAAUGGAUCACAGAGCGUAGCAAAUUUUCUGAGCAAUACGCUAUUGAAGAAUCCAGAUUCAUAUGGUCUUACAAAUGAUGUCAAUGGAAACCAACCAUCGCAAUUAACUCUUAUCCCAUAUCCAGAUUCAAAUACAUAUCCAACUUAUCCAUAUGGAUGGAUCAGAUCGGUUAAUGAUAUUGGAAACUACAUUGAUGCAAUUUCUCCCCUUCCACUGGCCACCCCGGAUCCGCAAAUCUCAGAUGCUUUAACUUUUAUUAGUGCACAGCCAACAACUCUGAAUUCGAAAGUAGUCCUUCUCGUUGGAUCAAAUGGAACUGAUGUCAAUGCAGCAAUGGAUUCUGCGAAUAAACUUAAAAAUGCAGGAUAUCUUGUCAUAACGGUUGCUCAGACGGCUGCUGCAAGUGUUUUCCAACCGUUGGCUUCUGGAAGUCAGUUUGCUUUACACAUUGGGGAUGGAAAUGAUGAUGCUGUGGCUGCGCAGAUAGCAAGCAUGUUACUUGAUUAUAGUUUCACGUGCUUCGACGAUGGAUCUAGCACUCCUUCUCCUACUACACGAUGCCCCGGUACCCAAGGAACAACUCAACCAGGUACUAUUGGAACAACAGUGACAGUACCACCAAGUUCAAGUUCGAUUGGUUCAACAGCUCCUCAAGGAUCAAGCUCAAUUCAACCAAUUGCUUCAUCAAGUACGAUGGGAUCGACAGCCGGAUCGUCAUCACCUCAACCAACUGUAUCAUCUACUUCGGUUCCGUCAUCCACAGGAGCAACUAGUUCAGGAUCGAGCACCACUGUUGGAUCCAGUACGGUGGGUGCAACACAAACUUCGGUAUCAUCGAGCACGGUGCCUAACACUGGAUCCACUGGUUCAACUGUAACUAACCCAUCAACAUCUUCAAGUACUUCUGGAUCAUCAUCCACUCAAUCUAUUCCAUCAUCAACUGCGGCAAACACAGGGUCGUCCACUAGUGGUCCAACUGUAGCAACUACACAAGGAUCCUCUUCAACGCAGACAAAUUCCAAUACUGGAUCAACCACUGUAGCCACAACUGUUACACAAGGAUCUUCAACUGGAGGUAACUCUGGAUCAACUACUGUAAAUUUUCAAAGCAGUAGUGUUGCAUCAACAGUAGCAUCCAGUACAGCUAACAUCGAAUCAUCCACGACUCCAAUUCCAACAUGUGCAUCACCAUAUAGUGGAAAGAUUGCAACUGUUUUUGAAUUGAAUGCAAAUAGUGCCACGAAUAUUGUAAACUUUGUGAGCAAUAAUUUGUACAACUCAGCCAACUAUGAUUUUACUAAUAGUACAGAAGCAAUUAAUGUACCGUAUGGGCAAACCGAUCAUUAUGCCACCCAGAUUUUGCAGUAUAAUGGAACAAAGAGUUUAUCGAAUCUUCAGGACAACGUGUCUGACUUAUUGACCAGUGCCAUUUUGCUAAUCGAUGCCACAAUUUCCGACGGUCUUCAAUGGCUUCAAACUAAUAGAGAUCCAGCUGGAACGAAUGCAGUUAUCAUUGUUGUUGGAAACGACGAUGAUGAAAACCCCGCAAUGACUACAUUCACUCUUCGAGACCUCAGAGCACAAGGAUAUAAAGUGAUUUCGGUAGCUGUUGGUGAAGGUCAUGGAGAUUUUUCCCCAAUUCCUGAUAAACCAGAAUGGUAUUUCCAAGUAAACGACUCAAAUGGACAAAAUAUUGCUGAUCAGAUCUCAUCUAUUCUUUGCAACUUGAAAUAAUCAUCUCCCCACUGAUAUCUUUCCUUACUGUGCAAGUUUACCCAUUUCUUUCAGAAAUAAAUACUUUACCCAUAUCGAAGCGCUUGCUUCGUUUAUAUGUGUCACUAAACGUUUCUCUGAACUUGCAAAAUUUGCUGGAAAUUAACUUUUAUUGUGUCGACUUUUAUAUACAACACCAAAAAAAAACAUAAAUAAUUUUAUGCUCGGAUGUUUUUAGGAAUUGUCUGCUUACAAAUUCAUUAUUUGUUCUUUUUAACAAAUUUUUAUUGAACAAGAUUAUAUUUUUUGAAAUAAUUUCUACAGCGACGAUAUUCCAUUGGUGUCUUCUUUCUGUCUCUUCUGUUUUAAUUUUCCAAAAUUUUCCGCUUACAGUGAAAAUGAAUAAACUAUCAAUAAUUCGC